AUGAGUGCUCCCCCUGCUGGACAAAGGGGCGGUUUUAGAGGAGGUUUUGGUGGGAGAGGUAGAGGUCGUGGUGGUCGUCGAGGGCGUGGAGGUCGUGGCCGACUGGGCAAGGAUUCAGAGUGGAAGCCAGUCACCAUUCUGGGUCGCCUGGUGAAAGACAAAAAGAUCACCUCCUUGGAAGAGAUCUACAUGUACAGUCUCCCCAUCAAGGAGGCUGAGAUCGUCGACACGCUUUUGGGUUCAAGUGUGCUCAAAGACGAGGUUCUGAAGAUCAUGCCAGUGCAGAAGCAGACCUGUGCGGGUCAGCGCACUCGCUUUAAGGCGAUCGUGGCCAUGGGCGAUUAUAAUGGUCAUGUGGGUCUUGGAGUAAAGUGUGCUAAGGAGGUAGCCACGGCCAUUCGUGGUGCCAUUCUUCAAGCCAAGAUUUCAAUUAUCCCAGUUCGCAAGGGUUAUUGGGGUAAUAAGAUCGGCAAGCCACACACCGUGCCUUGCAAGGUGACUGGCAAAUGUGGUUCUGUCUUGGUGCGACUGAUCCCAGCACCUAGAGGAACUGGGAUAGUCAGUGCACCAGUUCCCAAAAAACUGCUUUCGAUGGCGGGUAUUGAAGAUGUAUACACCAGCGCUCGUGGACAAACCGCAACUCUUGGCAAUUUCGCCAAGGCCACCUAUGUUGCUAUUAGGAAAACCUACGAAUACCUUACGCCUGAUCUGUGGUCUGUGGUCCCGACCCAGAAGCACGUUUUCGUGGAGCAUGAGGCGUAUCUCCGCAAUAUCGGGAAACAGACUGCGUAA